AUGCAAAACUUCGCUGAUGGAUUUUCAACAACCGAUAUCUCAACCUAUACCAGUGAUAUUCGAGCUUGCAUUAAUUUUAUCUACAAUCAAGGUUCGAGCAACUGGUUCAAAAUGUUAUAUACUUAUAGUGACAUAAUCGCUUCUCAAAUGGAACGGGUCGAAGCUAGUUCCUUUGAUCAGCUCAUUAAUAUGCUUACAUCCCCUCACGUGUUUAAACAAACUAAUGAAGUUUAUAUAGAUAUAUUACGAUCACUUUCAUCAAAUAACUUUCUUUUCGAACAACUAAUGAAUCAUAUACUAGUCUCCAGGGGAAACCAUAAUUUUUUGUCUUAUCUCAAACUUUUAGGUUCUAUUCUAACUGUCACACCCAUCCCUAUUGAAUAUGUAAAACGAAUUCAUAAUCGUCUUAAUCAAGUAUUGAAAAAAAAGACCCCCGAAAUUGAAUUUAAUGUAUUCGAGGAAGAAUACUAUAUUACAAAUCUUAAGAGAUUGCAUAAUAAAGCAAAUAUAUCAAAUUACAAUACUGAUAAGAUUGAUUUGACUCCCGAAUAUUAUGAUGGCCUUGAAACUGUGAUUAGCUAUAUUACAAAUAGAAUUAAAAAAUCAUUGGAUCCCUCGUUUGAAGAAAUUUUUGAUUUGGAGGCCCUAAUACAAGAACCGGUGAUUCCACGUAAUCUUAUUGACAGAUCGUGGAAUAUUAAAUAUCCAGAAGUCUAUUGGGGUGUACAUUAUGAUUUACUCAGGCAUGAACUUGUAGAACCUCUCAAAAGGGCAAGCGCUGCAUUUUACGCUACUUUUAAUUCAACCUCACCUGGUAGACCCUUUAAUAAGUGCGUCUUCUAUAAAGACGUACGGGUGAUACAUUCAUAUAUUCGUGCCGACUGUCAAGUUUUGGUUAGGGUUAGAUUCAAGCCAAGUCGGCCGGUUGAUUGGUAUUCAGGUCAACAUUUGAUGUAUGGAGCUUAUGUUCUACUAUUUAAGAUCGAUUCCAAGUCCAAAUGUGUCGAUGAAUCAUCUUUAACUUUUGCGUAUGUGGAGGAUUUUGACAUUAACGGUCUUGUAACAGCUGAAGGCGAGUGUUAUAUUGGAUUAAAUUUCGACAUUGAUCGGUUUAAAAAGCUAGAUUUAGGUGGAAAAUACUUUAUGUUCGAGUCACCGGUUCAAUAUCGCUACGUGAAGACAUGUCUUCAGUGGUUAGCCUCGAAGGAAACAGAUGAUUUUAUUGAAAUGCCAUUGAGACAAGAAAUUUUUGGUAUCGGAAUAACUCGGUCAUCAGAUUUUAUUCCGCAUUACUUGAGAAAAUGUACGUUGGAUCUUGCUCCGAUUCUUUCAAAUGAUAAACACUUUCAUAUUGUAGUCGGACAAGAUAAAUGGCCACAAUAUGAAGGAGCGAAUGGAGCUUCGUCAUAUAAUGUUGAAAAAUCUAUAAAAGAUGCACUUGAGCAUAUUAUAUAUUCCAGAGUGGCUGUUAUUCAGGCGCCUUCUGUCACAUCAAAGUCUAUCUUAGUUUCAAGGGCUACACAACUCAUUACUCAAGCAUUUGGACGACGUCACUUACCAAGUCCGAUAAUUAUUUUGACCAAGACUUCCUUCGUACUUGACAAAAUACUUGAAGAACUUCUUCCAAUAUAUCCACAAUUAGUGCGGCUAGGUUCGUCUGAAUGUAGAAAUCCUCUUCUAGCCAGUAGACAAAUAAAUAAUGUAUCAAAAGAAAGACUCCGCGCUCGUAAUCAGUUAGGGUUGCAAAAAGUACAGAAACUUGAGUGGCUUAAAUUGAGAGGCAAAUUGAUUGAUAUUAGUAACGAUAUAAAGUGUCAAUCGAUUCAGAGAUUUAGGUGUUUGUCUGAUGAAGAAUUUAUUAGGAAUUCUCCAAAUAAUUUUAAAUCCCAAUUAGCUGAAAAAAAAACAGAUAAUAAUGAAGCAUUACAGCGAUAUGAUGAACUGAAGGAAAGAUAUAAGAAAUGGAUAUCGGAAUGUGAAACUUCACUGGAUCCAUUAUUUGAUAUAAGCGAAGAUAUGAUCAAUAAGCUCAAGGAAUCAUAUCUUUUUGGCAACAACUUUGAUGACGAAGACGAAGAUAUUGUGUCAAUAUUGUCUGAAGACGAAAAAAAUCUGUUAAAUCUUGUCACUGAGGAUCGAUUCAUCGAUUUAAUCGAUGAGGAUAUACCAGAACAGCAAGAAAUAUGGUACAAAAAGAUUAAUAUUGAUCACACAAGUAGAAAUAACAAAUUUUCUGAUUUCUGGAUCACCACUAAAAUCCCGGAUGAUAUUUGGUCUUUAACAUCGGAGGAGAGGAAAAAAAUUCGUUUAAAAUAUGAUUACGCAGUCAAUUCUCAUUUUAAUAGUACUAUUAAAGAAUUACACAUGCGAGCUCUUGAUAUAAGCUGUAAAUUGGAUCAUCUUCGUUUGAUUAGAUGGUCUGAAAUUGUUCAAUUUGCUCCGAUAAUCGGUAUUACUAUGACAUAUGCACCAACGUUUCGUGAAAUAAUUCAGAAUUCAGGUUCAAGAAUUUGCAUUGUUGAUGAAGCUUCAGACAUACCGGAAGCAGAGUUAAUGUCGACUUUGAGCUUAGACAAGCUUGAACAUCUUAUUUUAAUAGGUGACAAACAUAUGUCUAGGCCAGAUGUUAGAAGUGUGAUAGCUCAGCGUGGUCAUAGGGACGUAUCAUUGUUUGAACGAUGGAUGCUGAUUGGUGGAAAAUCUGUUGAGUUAACUCAACAAAGUCGUAUGCACCCCAAAAUUUAUAAACUUGUGAACGUUCUUUACAAUUGUAAGCUGAACAUUGAUUCUCGAGCCAAUAAUAUCCCAUCUAUCCCAGGUAUAACAUCAAAUUUGUUUUUUAUGAGCCACACACGUUGUGACAAGGUUAACGGAAAUGGGGUAAUACGAAAUGAAUACGAGGCCGAAUUCGUUGCGAAUUUCGCCUUUUAUCUUUUUCAACAAGAGCAUCAUUUUGAUCCACAACGAAUCACAAUUUUAACCCCUUUUAAGGCACAAAAACAGUUAAUUUGGAGUAAGCUUGAUCCUAAACUUAAACAGAAUUCUGUUAUAACUAUUCGUCCUCCGCGACGUGGUGACAAUGGAAUACAAAAGACUCUGGGUAAAAUUAGGGUUAAAUUAAUUGACGAAUAUAGAAAUGAGGAAAAUGCGAUAGUCAUUCUAUCUUUAGUUGGUGUGGCAGAGCCAUUAC